GAUAGUUUAAUUAACGACGAUGAUUAGCCUAAGCCUAAUAAUAUAGUGAGAGAGGGCUCCCUUCUCCCUUGGCCAGCAUUUCACUUUUCAUCACCGGAGACGGACGGAGGACGAUAUCAUAAUCUCCGUCGACUUCUCAGGGCAUCUGUAAAAAUGCUUCAAGGACUGUUGUCUGCUUAAGUAUUUACAGUUGGUGAAUAUGGGAGGUUGCUGUUGUUCGUCCAGGAAGUCACAUCUUGUUGGAACACCUGUUUACUAUUAUUGUCCAGAAUCUUUUGAAGAGCUUGGGCCUUCAGGAACACGAGCUGCUGUGGGAUCAGCACUCACCACAGGCCUCUUGGUUGAUAUUGGUUUGGAGACAUCUAUACCUGACACCUUUUGCGCUCCUGCUCCUCUUCCAUAUGACAUGCUAUUGGGGAGACCACUGCCCACAGAUUCUGAAUCUAGCAAAGGAAGGGUUAGUGGAAGCAGUUUCGAAACGUUACCAACAUGUGAUGAUCUCGGUGGGUCAGACUAUAAAACUCAAGACACCUCAGAAAUUAUUUCGCCUAGGAAAUCGGAUUUUGCUAAUCAGAAAGGGUGGAAGAAAUUGGUAGAUGAAGAGGAGGAGGAAUCUUGUCCCAUUUGCUUUGAAGAUUAUGAUGUUGAAAAUCCAAGACUAACAACAAAGUGUGAGCAUGAUUUUCACCUCUCUUGUCUUCUGGAGUGGAUUGAAAGAAGCGAUAGUUGCCCUAUAUGUGAUAAGGAAGUUGUGUUUGAUGAUUGCUUGAACUAGCAUCACUAGACUACCCCAUGGCUUGAAAGUUUGAGGUGUGCCGCUUGAUUUGGUUAGUCUACUGCAUAAAAAAAUUGAAUACACGUCUUUUUUGUCGUUGCUGGCACUGUUAGUUCCGUAUUGUCUGCUUAGUUAAUUUUUUUGUGUGGAAUUGGUAAUGUUGGUGAUAUUGUGCAAUUGUAAAUAUUACCUAGCUUGUAGUUCGUCAUGUGUGAUCCAGUCAGGGUGUGAUAAAGAAGAAAGGUCCAUUUCAGUUGAUAUGAUUUGCUGGCAUCUCUAAAAAUAAUGUUCACUCUAGUCUUUUUGAUAA